AUGCCUACCCGCAGUACUGCUGGUUUUACGACAACUGUACCAGACAGACAUUUAAAGAAAAAAUUACAUGAAGCUGGCCUUGGGGAGAAGAAAAUAGCACUAUACAAAAAUGACGAUCCUGACUAUUUCAAAAGAGAAAUAGAAUUAAAUUAUGAAAAGUUAUCUGGAUGCGGAUCAUUCGAUUUGCAUAAGGCAAUUGGCAGAACCAAUUUAGAAAUAAUUAAAGCUCCAAAGAAUGGCUACACUUCAAAUUUCUUAUCGACAUGUUAUUUUGGCCAGGCAAUAAUAUACAUAAAACCUCUUCAGAGGAAUAUAGACACAUUUCCCAUAACCAGCCAAGAGUCUGAUGGAGAAUGUCAUACAGAGAUAUGUUUAGAUUGUGGAGAAGAUGUUCCAAUCAACAAUAUACGGAUGCAUAUUGAAGAGAAGCAUGGGAUCAGAUUACAAAUCAAAAUGUGUUUAUUACUGUGA